GUUCCCAGUUUCGUAGCUUCGCCAGCUAGUCGGCUUCGAUCAGCUUGUUUAUCCAAGUUCCCAAACAAACCUCUGGAGACGGUGACGAUGCUCUCCGGCGCGGCGGCGGCGGAAUGCGAGGACGCGGAGCUGCGGUGCCGCGUGGCUGUGGAGGAGCUGAGCCCCGGCGGGCAGCCGCGCAGACGCCAGGCCCUGCGCAGCGCCGAGCUGAGCCUGGGUCGUAACGAGCGCCGCGAGCUGAUGCUGCGGCUGCGGGCGCCGGGCGCGGCGGAGCGGCCGCGUUGCUUCCCGCUGCGCGCCGCGCGCCUCUUCACGCGUUUCGCCGCGGCCGGGCGCAGCACGCUGCGGGUCCCCGCCCACGGCGCUCCCGGGGCCAGCGCCGUGCAGCUGCUGCUCUCCGACUGCCCCCCGGACCGCCUUCGCCGCUUCCUGCGCACGCUGCGCCUCAAGCUGGCUGCGGCCCCGGGUCCCCGGCCGGCCUCCGCCCGCGCGCAGCUGCUCGGCCCGAGGCCCCGCGACUUCGUCACCAUCAGCCCCGUGCAGCCCGAGGAGCUGCGGCGUGGAGCGACCACGCGGGCUCCGGACACCACGCUGGUGACGCGGCCCGCGGAGCCCCAGACUGGGGCCGAACCUAGCACUGAAGCCCCAAAGUGGCCCCUGCCUGUGAAGAGGCUGAGCUUGCCCCCCACCAAGCCCCAGCUUUCUGAGGAGCAGGCUGCUGUGCUGCGGGUCGUCCUAAAAGGCCAGAGCAUUUUCUUCACUGGGAGCGCAGGGACAGGGAAGUCAUACCUGCUGAAACGUAUCCUGGGCUCGCUGCCCCCCACAGGCACUGUGGCUACUGCCAGCACCGGGGUGGCAGCAUGCCACAUCGGGGGCACCACCCUCCAUGCCUUUGCAGGCAUCGGUUCAGGGCAGGCUCCCCUGGCCCAGUGUGUGGCCCUGGCCCAAAGGCCAGGCCUGCGGCAGGGCUGGCUAAACUGCCAGCGGCUGGUCAUUGACGAGAUAUCAAUGGUGGAGGCGGAUCUGUUCGACAAGCUGGAGGCUGUGGCCAGAGCUGUUCGGCAACAGAACAAGCCAUUCGGAGGAAUCCAGCUCAUCAUCUGUGGGGACUUCCUGCAGCUGCCGCCUGUGACAAAGGGCUCCCAGCCCCCCAAGUUCUGCUUCCAGGCCAAGAGCUGGAAGAGGUGUGUACCAGUGACCCUGGAGCUGACUCAGGUGUGGAGACAGGCAGACCAGACCUUCGUCUCUCUGCUACAGGCUGUGAGGCUGGGCAGGUGCUCAGAUGAGGUGACUCGCCAGCUCCAGGCCACAGCCACCAACAAGGUAGGGCGGGAUGGGAUUGUGGCCACGAGGCUCUGCACCCACCAGGAUGAUGUGGCCCUCACCAACAAGAGGCGGCUGCAGGAACUGCCAGAUAAGGUACAUAGCUUUGAGGCUGUGGACAGCCACCCCGAGCUAGCCCAGACCCUGGAUGCCCAGUGUCCCGUUAGCCGGCUCCUGCAGCUAAAGCUGGGGGCUCAGGUGAUGCUGGUGAAGAACUUAGCGGUGUCCCGGGGCCUGGUGAAUGGCACCCGAGGGGUGGUAGUCGGGUUCGAGGCCGAAGGGAGAGGGCUGCCGCAGGUACGGUUCCUGUGUGGAGUCACUGAGGUCAUCCACGCUGACCGCUGGACCGUGCAGGCCACCGGGGGCCAGCUCCUCAGCCGGCAGCAGCUGCCCCUCCAGCUGGCCUGGGCGAUCUCCAUCCACAAGAGCCAAGGCAUGUCCCUGGAUUGUGUGGAGAUCUCUCUGGGCCGUGUGUUUGCCAGUGGCCAGGCCUACGUGGCCCUGUCCCGGGCCCGCAGCCUGCAGGGCCUGCGUGUACUGGACUUUGACCCCACAGUGGUUCGCUGUGACCCCCGUGUGCUGCAUUUCUAUGCCACCCUGCGGCGGGACAGGGGCCUCAGUCUGGAGUCCCCAAAUGAUGAGGAGGCAGCCUCAGACCAGGAGAACAUGGACCCAAACCUCUGAGCCUCAGCUGCAAAGAGAAGACAAAUGGUGGUCUCCCCACCCUCCUGCUCCCUAGGGGACCAGGGCCCCAGGGAAUAACUGGGGGAGCGGGACCAGCAUUCCUUGCUCCAUUCUUUAGGGGCUCCCUGCCUCCUGGCAGUGUUAAAGGGAGAGUGUUUCCUGCCCACGUGCCAGCUGUGCCUCAGUUUGUCUCCUUUUGCCCCAAAUGAGCUGCUUCAGGGUCAUAAGUACCCUUUCUGUGCCAGUUGGGAAUGGGCCUGUGGUACCUGGUGUCAGAGGACAAAGCUCUCUGCAAGGGAUGGACACAGCGCUACAGAGUCCUGAACACCCCUCCCUUUGGGCUGCAAAAGGGAGAGGCAAUGAGGACAGGUCUCCCAGAGCAGCCUCAGGCGUCUCUAGCAGGGAGACCUGGGGGAGACUCAGGCUGGGUGCAGGCCCAAAACAGAGAACGGAACGUGGGGGCAUCACAGCUAGGCCCAGCCUAGAACAAGCACCUUCUGAGCCUUACCUGAGAACAGAAGCUGCAAAAUGUGUGCCCGUAUCUUAAGCUGCUUGUUCAGAGGAUAAAUAGUGUUGGGGGCAUUGAAAUGGAUGUUUUCAGGUUGUAUUUAUUUAGGACAAAUAAACUUGUGAAUUGUG